AUGGCGGUGAAGGGCGAGACCGGCACCGUCCUACGUGCAGAGAUCGCAUUCCUUCUGCAGAAGGAGUCAACGGUGACUCAGACCACUGCAUGCCAUUCAAUCCCCGGCAACCUCAACGCCACAGCAGAUGCACUGUCGUGGCAGGAGAUGCUCAGGGGAGAGUGGAGACUCCACCCACAGGUGCUCCAGCUGAUCUGGAGUCGAUUUGGCAGGGCAAAGACUCCCAGAGAUAAGCAGUCGGGUCAGUGCUUUCCUUCCUACAAGAGAAGCUGGAGGGGCGGAUGUCGUUGCUGUGUCUGUUUGAGAAUGGAGGACAACAGCCGAGAAAUCCAUUACUGCUUUCCAAACAACAAUUUGUCAUGUAUCAGACAAUUUAAACCUAAAGUGGAGUACAUUGUUUUGUACAUUUUUGUUUUUUCACUCUCAGCGUUCACUGUGUUUCUGAACCUGCUGGUGAUCAUCUCCAUCUCUCACUUCAAGCAGCUCCACACUCCAACCAACAUGCUCAUUCUCUCUCUGGCUGUUGCUGAUCUGAUUGUGGGACUGAUUGUUAUACCACUAAUGGGCGUCAGAUUCAUAGAAUCAUGCUGGUACUUUGGAGAGGCCUUUUGUCUUGUAUAUUCAUUUCUUGUUUUUACGGUUGUUCAAGCUUCUCUUGGUACUUUAGUUUUUAUAUCUGUAGAUCGUUACAUUGCUGUGACAGACCCUUUGAGAUACACAGUAAGGGUCACAAAUAAUAAAGUUAUUUUUUGUUUAAUUAUAAACUGGCUAUGUUCAACCACAUAUACUGUCAUUAUUUUUUGUGAUGCUUUGUUCUAUCCAGAGACACAAGACAGAUGUUAUGGAGAAUGUACACUUACUUUCAAGUAUGAAUAUGCCAUCACAGAUCUCAUUGUCACUUUAGUUGCCCCCUGUUCUGUAAUCAUGUCUUUAUAUGUGAAAAUCUUCUGUGUUGCGAAAUAUCAGGCCAAGUUUGUAAAUUCUGUUACUGGAGUCAGCAGGUCACAAAGAAAGGCAGCAAAAACUUUGGGGAUUGUGGUAGUGGUUUUCUUUAUGUGUUGGAUACCGUACUACAUUGUGAUCCUGUUGGAAGGGUACCAGUCAACAGAAUCGGUUGAAUUUAAUAUAACAUGUUGGAUUGUGUACAUGAAUUCCUGUAUGAAUCCUCUCAUUUAUGCACUAUUUUAUAGAUGGUUUAGAAAAUCAGCUAAACACAUUCUGACUCUAAAAAUAUUUAAACCAUCAUCAGAAUACUUAAAUCUGUUUCCAGAGGAAAACUGA